AUGGCUGGAAGAACCAGGAAGCCUGUAGGACCGACAUAUCAUUGUGAAGAAGAAGGGGAGUCCUGCAGGACAGAGCUGGCAGACCUGGAUCUCCUGUUGAGGACAGUUGGAGUCAAAGAGCCAGGUCAGCCUGCAGACCACCGAAGCCCAUUCCAAGGAGAGAGCCCGGAACCAGAGAGGAUGGCCCCAGGGACCCAGAGACCCUCAUCCCAGGAGUUGGUGACAUUCAAGGAUGUGGUUGUGGAUUUCACCAAGGAGGAGUGGUGCCUGUUGGACCGUUCUCAAAAAGAACUAUACAAGGAGGUCAUGCUGGAGAAUGUGCAGAACCUGCUCUUCCUUGAUCUUGAUAGACCUCAGAAUAUUCCUACUGGAGAGAAGUUUUAUAAAUGUAAUGAAUAUGGGAAGGCUGUCCGCUACCAAUCACUACUUAUUGGCCAUCAGAAAAUUCAGAGUGGAAAGAAGCCUUAUGAAUGUAAUCAGUGUGGAAAAAUUUUCAUGAAGAAAUACAAUCUUGGUUUACAUCAGAGAAUCCACACUAGAGAGAAACCAUGCAAAUGUAAUCAGUGUGAAAAAGUUUUUAGAUGCAGCUCUCAUCUUGCUGCACAUCAAAGAAUCCACAAAGGAGAGAAGCCUUAUGAAUGCAAUCAGUGUGGAAAGGCUUUCACAGAGACCUCCAAUCUCACUACACAUCAGAGAACCCACACUGGAGAGAAACCUUUUGAAUGUAAUCAAUGUGAAAAGACUUUUGCACAGAGAUCCCAUCUUGCUAAACAUCAGAAAAUCCACACAGGAGAGAAGCCUUAUGAAUGUAAUCAAUGUGGAAAGGCUUUCACACAGAAUUCCAGUCUUGCUAAACAUCAGCGAAUACACAAUGGAGAGAAACCUUUUAAAUGUAAUCAUUGUGGAAAGUCUUUCACACAGAGCCCCCAUCUUGUUGCACAUCAGAAAAUCCACACUGGAGAGAAGCCUUAUGGAUGUAAUCGAUGUGGAAAGACUUUCAGAUUCAGCUCCAGUCUUGCUAGACAUCAGAGAAUUCACACUGGAGAGAAACUCUAG